AUGAAGAGAGAGACAGUCUUACAGAUAGUUCUUAAUAUCCUCAUGAUGAACAGAAAGACACCAGCUGACGUCCUCCUGCAGGGACUAGAAGAUCUUGCAGAGCAAGACUUUAAAAAAUUUAUACACAAAUUACCUGAGUUUGUCUUUGAUGACAAACCCUCAAUCCCCUGGAGUAAACUGGAGAAGGCUGACAGGAUAGAUGCUGCGAGACUCCUGAAAGAACACUAUGGUCAGGAGAGUGCUGUGGCCGUAGCUAUCAAAAUCUUCUCUACCCUGAAUCUCAACAACUCUGCCGUGAAACUUGAACAGGAGAAAGAGACAGCUUUGGGUCCUCAGCAAACAGCUGAAAGAUCAGCAAAUGCUUACAGGGUGAAGUACAAAGAACAUAUAAAAAACAAAUACAGCGCAAUAAAAGACAUGAACUCUCGUCUUGGUGAAAAUGUGAAGCUAAACAGCAGAUAUACAAAGUUGAUCAUUGUAAAUGAACAUCGUCACAAAAAACAGAGAGAAAAUGAAAUAAUGGCCUUGGGACGGAAACAUGCAGAAAUCAUGACUGAGCACGCUAGUCCUAUCACCAUAGGAGAUUUAUUUGAAACUGAUGGAAAUGGACAAUUACCACAAAUUGUGGUGCUGCAGGGAGCUGCAGGGAUUGGAAAAACACUGACAGCAAAAAAGAUCAUGUUGGACUGGGCAAAUGAAGAACUGUAUCAGAGCAGGUUUGAUUAUGUUUUUUACAUAAAUUGUAGGAAAAUUAACUUUGUCAGUGAGCAGGGAAGUGUUGAAGAUUUGAUCUUAAAGAAUUGUCCUGAUAAAAAUACACCAACUAAAGAGAUUCUGAUGACUCCAGAAAAACUCCUGUUCAUAAUUGAUGGCUUUGAUGAACUGAGAUUUUCCUUUAAUCAACCAGAAAGUAAUCUGUGCUCUGAUCCCUGUGAGAAGCAGCCAGUGGAAAUCAUACUGAGCAGUUUAUUUAGGAAAAAAGUGCUUCAUAAAUCUUACUUACUAAUUACAACAAGACCAGUUGCUCUGGAGAAUCUCUGGCAGUGUUUGGAAUGUGCACGCUAUGCGGAGAUAUUAGGAUUUUCUGAAGUUGAGAGAGAAGAAUAUUUCUACAAGUUCUUUGGGAAUGAAGAAAAAGCAAGAAAAUCCUUUAACUUUGUAAAAGAGCGUGAAAUGCUCUUCACCAUGUGCUUUAUUCCUAGUGUGUGUUGGAUCAUCUGCACUGUUCUGAAACAACAGAUGGAAGCAGGUGAAGAUCUUGCACAAACUUCCAGUACAAUCACUGGAGUGUACAUGCUCUAUCUCUUCAGUUUAUUAAAGGGUCACAUCAGCAUUUCAAAGCAACAGAUACAAGUUAACUGGAAGGGACUUUGCUCCUUGGCUGCAGAUGGACUCUGGAGGCAGAAAAUACUGUUUGAGGAAGAAGAUAUCAAGAAACAUGGCUUAGAUAAACCUGAUUCCCUCUUUCUGAAUGAGAACAUGUUUCAAAAAGACAUUGACUGUGAAUGUGUCUACAGCUUCAUUCACUUGAGUUUUCAAGAGUUUUUUGCAUCUUUGUUUUAUGUAUUGGAGAAAGAAGAAACAGUGGAAGAUCCAGAAACUGCUAUAUACCAUGUGAAAAAUUUGUUAGAAAAUUAUGAAAAAUCUGGAAAUUAUUCAUUAAUAGUGAGAUUCCUGUUUGGUUUUUUAAAUGAAGAGAGAAUGAAGGACAUGGAAAAAAAACUGAGCUGCAAAAUUUCACCCCUAUUUAAACCAAUUUUAUUGAAGUGGGUAAAAACAAACUUUGCUAAAUGGGUGAUUGAGAGAUUUUUCCAACUUGAGGCAUUUCACUGUUUGUUUGAAAUUCAAGAAAAAAAAUUUGUACAGAGUGCUAUGAAUCAUUUCACUGAGCUAAAAUUAACUUACCAUAACUUUACCAAAAUGGAUCAAAUUGUUCUUUCAUUCUGUAUAAAGAAUUGCUGUAAACUGGAGUCACUUUGUCUAAACAAGUGUACAUUUCAGAUUGAAGACCUGAAUGAAGAUUCCCCAGCACCAUCCAAGUGGUCAUGUUGGGCACAGCGUCAGGAUAAGCCACAUCAUUCACCUAUUUACCUGCUCUGUCAAGCAUUGGAGGAUCCAAACUGUAAAUUAAAGACACUAAAUACCAAGCAGACCCUGACACAGUUGGACCUGGCGUUUAACCACCUCAGAGACCCAGGAACUAGGCUGCUAUGUGCGGGACUGAAAAACCCAAACUGCAAACUGCAGAAACUGAACUUGUGGGGUUGUGAUCUCACAGACGCUAGCUGUGAGUACCUCGCCACUGUUCUCAGAAUCAGCCAGAGCCUGACACAGCUGGAGCUGCGUGAUAAUGAUCUUGGAGAUACCGGAGUGCGGCUGCUGUGUGAGGGACUAAAACAUCCAAACAGCAAACUUCAGAGACUGAGCUUGCGGGUUUGUUGUCUCACAGGCGCUUGCUGUGGGGAUCUCGCUACUGUUUUCGGAACCAGCCAGAGCCUGACAGAGCUGGAUCUGGGUUAUAAUAAACUGGGAGAUGCUGGCAUUCAGCUGCUGUGUGAGGGACUGAAACAAAACUGCAAAUUACAGAGUCUGCACUUGGACAAGUGUGGCGUCACAACCCCUAGCUGUGGAACUCUUGCCGUUGUUCUCAGAACCAACCAGAGCCUGAGAAAGCUGGUGCUCAGUGAUCCUGAACUGGGAGAUUCUGGAGUGCGGCUACUGUGUAAGGGACUGAAACAUCCAAACUGCAAAUUAAAGAGUCUGGUCUUGUCGGGGUGCGGUGUCACAGCUGCUGGCUGUGGGGAUCUUGCCGCUGUUCUCAGGAUAAGCCAGUGCCUAACAGAGCUGCAGCUCAGUAAUCCUGAACUUGGAGAUUCUGGAGUGCGGCUGCUGUGUGCGGGACUGAAACAUCCAAACUGCAAAUUACAGAGACUGGUCUUGCAGGGGUGCGGUGUCACAGAUGCUGGCUGUGGGGAUCUUGCCGCUGUUCUCAGAACCAGCCAGAGCCUGACAAAGCUGCAGCUAGGUAAUAAUGAUCUGGGAGAUUCCGGAGUGUGGCUGCUGUGUGAGGGACUGAAACAUCCAAACUGCAAAUUAGAGAGUCUGCGCUUGUGGAAGUGCGGUGUCACUGACACUGGCUCUGGGGAUCUUGCUGCUGUUCUCAGAAUCAGCCAGUACCUGACAACGCUGGAGCUGGGUUAUAAUUAUCUGGGAGUUUCUGGAGUGCGGCUGCUGUGUAAGGGACUGAAACAUCCAAACUGCAAAUUAGAGAGUCUGCGCUUGUGGGGGUGUGGUGUCACAGCCGCGGGGUGUGGAGCUCUUGCCACUGUUCUCAGAACCAGCCAGAGCCUGACAGAGCUGGACCUCAGUUAUAAUCAAUAUAUAGGAGAUUCUGGAGUGGAACUACUAUGUGAGGGACUGAAACAUCAAAACUGCAAAUUACAAAGACUGGGGUUCACCCAUGUUGAUUUAACUACAGGAAUGCGGGCAGAGCUGAAUGCUGUGAAAAAGAUAAAACCUAAUCUGGACAUAGAAUUAUAGACAAGGUAUUGAGCGGGAGCCACUGCACCAAGACAGCGCUGGUCUGGCUGCCCUGCCACUGGCUGGGUCAGCAACCAGGGACAGUUGAGAACCUGGCCCUCCUAAGAGGGAUCCCACCAUUCCCAGAGACUCUAUCAUCCUGGUAUCCAAUGUGGAAUUAUGAUUCUGUUCCAAUCGCUCAGUCACUCUUUGUUGUAUGUUUCUUCCCCCCGCCCCUCCAGUUUUACACAAUCCCACAGCUAUUAAGACGGCUUUCUGUGUCCAUCUCCAACAUCUGUUUAUGCCAGAUGUACAUUUCUGUAUCAGUUUUGCUGGAGUCCAAUAAAGAUCAU